GACAUGGUCUUGUCAUUUUGCAAAAUAAUGCAAUUUUCUGAUUGUUUACGUUUAUUACAAUACAUUAGAAGUUUGAUUUGAUUAAUACAUUGUGAUAUGCGUGUACAAAAUGUCGUGGUUAAACCUUAAUCAAAGUUUGAGCAGCCUGAAAGGACAAAUUACGACCUUUGCUUCUGAAGUUCUGUCUGAGCCACCAGUUGAGGAUACUGGUGCUGAAGCUGCAAAGGGUGAUGGUUUAGUAACAGAACUUGAGGAGAAAUGUCGCCGCCAGGAGCUCGAGAUUGCAUCGUUGAAGAAGUUAACAGAUGAUUUGCAAACUUCGUUGCAGUCAGAGAGAGUCUCUAGGAAAAACGGCCUCAAAGAUGAAGAGUCCAGUUGGUACUGGGAUCCACCGCCUGAAACAUCUAAUUCCGAUCACCGUAAUCAAAAUCACUAUGAAGUACAAAUUCGCGCUUUACAAGAUGAAAUUUCCUCCCUAAAAGAACGCAGCACUAUUGACAUGAGGUCUGAUACAGAAGAAGAAUUGAAUCGUCUCAGAGAAGAAAAUCAAAAUUUAACGACAAGCCUUGAAGAAUUAGAUGCCCAACAUCAAAUGGCGAUGGAAAGACUUUUAUCGUUAAAAAAGGAAUUGCAGAAGAACUUCGAAGUUUUGAAACAGGAACACGAGGAUUUAAAAAACAGUAAUGAUGAGUAUGCAAGUGAAAUUAAAACAUUGUUAUUUAAAUUAGGGGAAAGAGACAGAGAGGUUGAAAACUUACGAAAAGUGAAUUCAGAACUAGAUACAUUGCACCACAAAUAUCAAAAUUUAGAUAGAAUACACAGUUUAUUAAGAGAAAAUGCUGAGAAAUUUCAAGAAGAAAAUCAAGAUUUACACGAAGAAGUAUUUAAGUUGCAAGAGCAAGUUACAAAAUUGGAGCACGAAAUGGAAAUCUCUUCUAAACAUUGUGAACUAUCUGACAUGGUACCCAGAGAGCGAUACGAUGAUUUAUUAAAAGAGCUUAAUGACUUAAAGGACAGAAGAAGUUCUAAUCAAGUGGAUUUAGAUGAAAUUAACAUAGACGAUAAUGCUAAAAGUGUUAUAGAAAAUUUGAAAAGAGAAAUAAAUGACCUAAAACAUAAAUUAACUCAAAAAGAAGUAGGAAAUUUGGAUAACGUAGACAAUAAAACAGUAAAGUCAGAAAGAAUUACACAAUUGUAUAAUAAAUAUGUUAACUUCGAACUACCUGUCGAUUAUGUCGGCGAAAUUCCUUCUGCUGGUGAUAAUAUAAUUAUAUAUAAAUUAGAAAGUGUUUUUAAAACAAUCAAUGCAUUCAAAAAAGAAAUAGAUUCAUUAAAACAUGAACUUUCCCAAAAAAAUUUGAAUUCCAACCAUUUGCAAACCCAGAUUGAUGACCUAACCACUGAAAAUGAUUUUCUAACUAAUGAUAUCCAACAUUUUGAGAGAGAAUUAAAUGAAAUGAAGAAAAAUAAUGAUUUUCUAAUAUCUGAAAUAGCGGCCUUAAAGAAUACGUCCAAGUUAGAACCAAUAAUAGAAACACAUGAAGACAAUCUAGUAAAAUUAGAAACAGAAUUGGCUGAUUGUAAUAGGAUAAACAAAACAUUUGAAUCUGAGAUAAACAGAAUAGAGAAAGAAUUAGACGGUGUUAGAAAAGAAAAAAAUACUUUACAGGAGAGUUUAACAGAUUUGAAAGAAAAGUACACUUCGAUGUUGACUGAAUUAGAAACAUUUAAAAAUCAAUCAAAAGCUGUUGAAGAAUUAGUAAGUGAUACAAAUGCAGAAUAUUUAAAAAAGCUGAAGAUUGCAUUGGAUGAAGCUGACGACUUAAAGAAGCGGUUAAAUAGUUCUCAGGCUAAAAAUGAACAGCUUUCAAUAGACAUACAUAUAAUAGAAAAUGAUAAGGUAUUACUUACAAAAGAAGUAGAUGAUUUGAAAAACUCCUUGAAUGAAAAAUCAUGUGAACACAAGGAAUUAGAAGUCUUAAAAGUAACAUUGGAUCAAAAAUUACAAGAUUUGGAAAUUAAACUUGAUGAGGUAAUCAGGCAUAAAACCGAAGUUGAAAACGAAAAGUACAAACUUGAAGAAAAAGUAAUUAGUUUAGAGAAUACAAUUUCGUCUAAAAAUAGCACUUCUACGAGUCUUACAAAAGAACUAAAUACUACAGAGGACAUGCGAUUACACGAUAAAAUUGAUAAGCUUGUUAAAGAAAAUACAGAUUUAUUAGAAAAGAGUAAAAAUGUUUAUGAACUUCAGUCAACAAUUGAGGAAUUAAAAGCUAAACUUAUUCAACAAGAGUUCCUUAAUAAUGAAGUUUUAUCAUUGAAAGAAGAAAAUAAAAAUAUAAUUCAAAGCAAAUUGCAACUGGAAUUGGAAUUAUCUUCAACGGAUUCUAAAAUAAAACAUUUAGAAGAGGAGUUCGAGAAGCUACUAAAUGAUUUUAAAGAAAAAGAUACUUUAAUAGAUGGUUUGAAUUCUACUAUAUGUAAAAAUAAUGAUUCUAUAAAUUCUUUAUCUCAACAUUCUGUUAACCUUGAGAAAAACGUAGUAGAUAAAAAUGAAGAAAUUAAGCAACUUAAAAAAUCCUUAGAAGAAAUUCAAACUACCUUAAAUGAUACUAGUCAAAAAUCAAGUCUUAGUCAAGACGAAUUAAAUAGACUCCACUGUGAAAAAGAAGAUAUAAAUAAACAGUUAAUUUCUCUUAAGGAUGAAAUUAAUAUCAAGAAUGCGGAAAUUACUAACUUAACAAUUAGCUUACAAGAGACAGAAAAAUCUUGUACUGAAUAUAAAAAUGUAAUAGAAAAUAAAGAAAAAACUAUAAAAGAAUUAAAUCAAUCUAUUGUGGAAUUGACUGACAAAUUGAAAAUUACAGAUAAUAUUACACCUCAUAAUGAUGAAUAUGCAAGGUUAGUUCAAGAAAAGAACGCAAUAGAAAAAGAGAUUAUUGUAUUAAAGAGUAACCUCACAGAAAGAGAACAGGAAUCUGUAAAUUACAAAGAUAAACUCGAUCAGUAUGAAAAGGCUUGCUUAGAAUAUAAAACAAUAUUAGACAAUUUUACAAUUGAAAAGAACGAGCUCAUAAAUUUAGUAACUUUGAAACAUAAUGAAAGCAUUCAAUACCAUAACGAAAUACAGAGAUUGAAUCAUGUUAUAUUAGAGUUAAAAAGUGUCAUUGAAGAAAAAGAUAAAAUACUGCAGAAUCAUACUAAUACUUGUUCAGAUUGUGAAAAAAUGAAGGUAACUCUCAAAGAGAGAGAUGAAGUAAUAAUGAACUUAAAUCAAAGUGCCAAUAUUAGUUGUGAUAAAACAAAUGAGGAGUUAGUAGAAGCGAGCCAUACUAUAAAGAACUUAACCGAAGAACGUGAUAACCUCGACAAAAGUUUAGCUAUACAAUUAGAAGCUGUUAAGAAAUUUAGAACAGAGAAUUUACAGUUAGCAGAACAAGAGCAAAACUCAUCAAGAGAACUAGAACGUCUGCGACAUCACUUAGUAGAAAUGGAAGAAACAUACACGCAAGAGUUAAUGACAUCGGAACAAAAAUUGACUGAGUGUCAGACAAGAUUGAACCAAGUGGAAGAGAGGGCAAAACAAACCAGCACUGUCUACACAAGUAACAGUAUUCGAGCAAAUCAAGAAGUAGAAACACUCAGGAAUCAAAUAAAACUUCUGGAGAAACAGCGCGAGGAAGUGCAGGCUAGACUGAGCGAAGCAGACGACGCCAGAAUCAGAAGUGAAGCUGCAUUAACCAAUUUACAAGUGGUGCUAGAACAGUUCCAAUUAGACAAAGAGCGUGACAUCCAUACUGCCACAGAAAAGAUAAGAAAUAAAAUGGAAGAACUAAAACGUGAAAACAACGGUUUACGGGAUGAAAUAUCAAGGUUGGAUCAUAAAUUAGAAGAAUCUUUAGCGGGUCUCAGAGCAGCUUCAAGAUUGGGCGAUCAAGUUGAAACGAAGACUGCACUGAUCAACGAUUUGAAAGAGCAAGUACGCACACUGCAAGUGUCAGUGGCGGCCGCGGAAGAGAGAUACAACAAUACAAUAUCAAACCAGCAAGACAAGGUCGACAAGAAUCUGGUGAAGAAUCUUGUCAUUAAUUACGUGAUGGCCGCAGCACAGAGUGCACAGAACAGAACUCGAGUCCUAAAAAUACUAUCAACGGUCCUUGACUUCAAUCAGCAAGAAUGCGAGAGGCUCGGCCUGGCGAGGUCAGCCAAUACCUCGGAGGGUAUAGCCGCAGAGUUUGUGAAGUUUCUAGAAAACGAGUCCAAACCUCGAACCCCGUUACCGAACAUGAUGGGGCUGGCGCAAACCAGCAGCAGGAGUAGUACUCCCACCUCAAGGAAUUCAACAACUACAGCCCCGAAUCUCUACGAAGCUGGUCACAAAAGAAAUCCCUCAACCGGAUCCAACAAUCUCUUAUUCCAAAACAUAGACUCCAUUGAAACCUCCUCGCAAAUAUCAAUAGAGUCCGACCAUAGAGAAAAUAGAGUUGUGACGCAACUAGACACGGGAGUCAAUCAAACGAGAAACACGGAGAGCGCCAUCUUGAAACAUGUUUUAAAAGACAAUAUGUGAUUGUAGUAAUAAAAAAUAGUUUCCAAGUUUAUGUCGAACUGGGUAGAUUUAUUCAACAUCAUCUCAGCCCGGAAGACGUCCACUGCUGGACAUAGGCCUCCCCAAAGAUCUCCACGACGAUCGGUCCUGCGCUGCUCCCAUCCAAUGCUUUCCAGAGAUCUUGACCAGAUCGCUGUAACUUAACUUAACCGUAU